CUGUUUAAUCAAUCAAUCAUUUAAAGCAAAACUAAAAAAUUUUUACGUGUAUUUAUUUGUUUUCUUCUGGUUUUCGUUUGUCAAUGAAAUUAAUGCAAUCAUACUCGUUAGUUUGCCUAAACUUGACAUAAUUUUAAUGAGAUUCUGAGAAUUUUUUGUAAUUACUUUAUUAUUAUGGACACUAAGGAUUUAGAAUAUGGAAAACCAAUUGCAGUUUUAGUAAUAAGUGGCAAACGAAAGAGUGGGAAAGAUUAUGCCGCUAAUUUAAUGUUAAGGAGAUUUGGCUGUGAAAAUUGUGCAAUAAUUCGAUUAUCAGGCCCAUUAAAAGAAAGAUAUGCAUUGGAAAAUAACUUGGAUUAUCAAAAACUCCUCGAUGCAUCUGAGUAUAAAGAAAUAUUCCGACAAAAGAUGAUUAAAUGGGGAGAAGAUUAUCGAAUUAAAGAUCCAGGAUAUUUUUGCAGGCAUGCAAUUAUUCAGUCUGGUGCAAAUUCUAAGAAAAUCUGGAUUGUUAGUGAUGCUAGAAGGAAGUCUGAUAUAAAAUUUUUCUUGAACAAUUUUGCAACUGUUACUUACACAAUCAGAAUAGCUGCUUCUGAUUUUGUGCGGCAGCAACGAGGAUGGAAAUUUUCUGAGGGAGUUGAUGAUUGUGAAUCUGAAUGCGGAUUGGAUGAUUACAACAGUUGGGAUUUCUUUCUGUCUAAUGACGAUGAAACACAACUGAGGAAAGGUCUGGAAAACAUUUAUUCCUUACAUUCCAUCAAAGAAAUAUUAAAUAAUUGACAAUAGUAUAUUUCGCCCAAGAUGAAUCUCAGGAAAUCAUGUAGUCCUUUAUUUAUUGAACGUAAAGGGAGUGGGAAUAUUUGUAAUGGGACAUCCAGAGAAUAAUUACUGUAUUUUUGCCAGCAUUUCAGAAAUAAUUUUUGACUAAAAUAUAAUUAAGAUUGUGUUUCUUUCACAAAGAUAAGAUAUAUAUAUCGAUAAAUUUUCUACAUAAGUUUAAUCUUUAUUUUAUGAUGAUGAGGCCUGUAUCAGCAAAAUUUACACAUGAAUUACAAUGUAAAUAUCGGACAUUGAGACUUAAAUUCUCAUCUUUUCAUUUUAUUUAUUUAUUAUAUUUUUGUAUUUCAUUAUUUCUCAUUAAAUAUAUUUUUAGAGGAGGGCAAUUUCUGUGUAGAACUAAGCAAAAAUAGAGAUGAAAUAAUAUUUUUAAAUUUUUUUUUCAUUGAUUGAUUGAUAGAAGAUUAACAGUUAACAGUCUAAAUUUUUUAAGUAAUAUGAUUGUUAUUUAAAUAAAAACAUACUGAAAACUGACAUUGAAAAAAAAUCAUGGAUACAACUUAAGAUGGAGCCAUAUUUUAUAAUAUUUUUAUCUCAAUUGUAAUCAGUCUAAUACACUAUGUGUUCAAGAACGAAGAUCAACGUAAAUUUUUGAUUAUAUUGAGCGAUUGGCAAAUAAUUGCUAGCCAAAGCCAAUAGAACAAUAAUAUGACUAAUCAAUAUGAAAAAAUUUAUUUUAUGUACUCUUUUUAUUUAUAAUUAAUCCACAUGUCUCUUAUUAAUCCAUGCCUCUUACCAACACAUUUUAAAUUUUUGUUAUAUAACAUAUCACUGUGAUUUCUGUUCAGCUUCCUUUUGACUUAAAUAUUUUAGCAGUAUUUUAUGAAUUUUUCACAAUUUGAUCAAAAAAAUCAAAUUUCAAUUUGAUAAUAACAAAAUAAUUUCAUAACAUUUACUUAAUUUUAUAUUUUUUCCUUAUAAACAUGGUCUUAGCGAGUUAAAAAAAGCACAUCUUUAUUACAGUAUUACUAACAUUACAUAGCAUACUACAAUAAGAUGUAUUUUUUCAAUGAGAAUUUAUGAACUGUUGAAAAGCAUAGUUUCUACGAAAAUAUCAAGAUUUUAAUUUUCAAAAACAAUAACUAGCAAUAUUUUUUUAAUAUGAAAUUUUUUUAAAUGAAAUGCCUUUACAUUGUGAUAUAUUUAAAAAAAAUAUAAUCGUGUAUGUGUAAAAAUUGUAUGAAAUCAAUUUAAAAACAAAUUUGAAUUUCUCUUAAUAAUUGCCAAUAUUUGCCCAUGAAUGUUUUAAUAAAAUUAUUUUUUUACAU